AUGUUUGAACUAAGCAAUGCGGUUUUAGUGUCUUUGUUGAUCAUCCUGAUUAGUACAGCGCUAUUUUUGAUUGUGCAUAAAAACGCUGCGAAUGUGAUUCCUGGCCACAGGGUGCUCAACAGGGAUCCAACGUUCAUAAUCGCUGGUCCCAGUGGAAGUGGAAAGACGAGCUUGUUUAACAUGCUGACCACAGAUUCGUUUAAACCCACUGUGAUGUCUCAAGUUCCCAACGUUGCAGAAGAUUACAUGCUUCCUUCAAACGUCAAAAGCUUCAAAUUCAAGCUUAUGGAAUUUCCAGGGCACGUCAAAUUACGGUACCGUCUCUUUGACACCUUGAAGGAGUCCACGUAUUUGAAAGGUUUGAUAUUCGUUGUCGAUUCCACGAUAGAUCCACAAAAGCUCACAGAGACUGCAGAGUUCUUCUACGAGAUCUUGAUGCUUACAGAAAGAUUUCCAGAGGGUGUUGACGUCAUGAUCGCGUGCAACAAGUCGGAGUCGUUCAGCUCAAGGCCUCCACUGAAAAUCCGAGAUGCGCUGGAAAAGGAAAUUGGCAAAAUAAUCGAAAGAAAAGCCAAAUCUUUGAGUGCUGUGAAGAAACCUGAUAAGAAUCUAAGUGGGCAUGAUGAGGAUGAGUCCAACCCUAACUCACUGGAGUUCCAAGGGGGCCAUGAUUUCAAAUUUGACGCCUUAGACGGAAACAUCGACGCCCUUGACGGGAGCGUCUUGAAAAGUCAAAUUGAUAAAUGGGAAUGCUGGAUUGACGAAAGGUCCGUGAACUAA